CCCUGUCUCCCAGUUGCCUUGCGAGCUUUAAAGUUUUGGUUGUUGAUAUUUUGGCUUUUAUUUUCUGAGUUCUAUUUUUCAAUUUCUUAUCACUUGCUUAUUAUUUCUUGUUUGGUUUUCAUUUUGUUUUUUGGUUUUCCUUCAAUUUUUUUGGGAUUGGACUCGCCUCAAUUUUGCUUGGUUGAGUGUGAAGAGACUGAUUGUCAUUGAAAUCGUUGAUAGAAAUCGGCUUCUUUGAAGGGUUCUCUCAAAAAUCAAGCUAAGGUAGCCGAGUUGUUCUUAUAUAAACCUAAUAAUUAAGUGCCUCUGUAGCUUUAAAGAAACUCAUAAACCGAUCCUUUGGCUUGAGGAAUCCAGGAGUUUGAUCUGUCGUUGUUACAUUCCAAAGUUCGAUUUGCACAGAUAUUUUCAGAAACAAUUUGAAAAAUGACUAUUGGGAGUCUUAAGUCUACCAAAGAAAGGAAGUCAAGAAAGAGCAAGCAACCAAUUGUUGAUGAGAAAUCCCCAUUGUUGCCCACCAAGCAUGAGGAUGAGGGUGGGUUUGAUGAGUUCAAUGGAGCUUCUUUCAGUGGGGCAGUGUUUAAUCUGUCAACAACAAUUGUUGGUGCUGGAAUCAUGGCUUUGCCUGCAACUAUGAAAGUGUUGGGACUUAUACUGGGGUUUGCUGUAAUCAUCUUUAUGGCAUUCUUAACAGAGGCCUCAAUCGAUUUUUUGCUCAGGUUUAGUAGGGCAUCGAAAUCGGGUUCUUAUGGAAGUCUUAUGGGGGAUGCAUUUGGGAAAUAUGGCAGGAUGUUGAUUCAACUAUGUGUGAUAGUCAACAACGUCGGUGUGCUUAUAGUGUACAUGAUUAUCAUAGGUGAUGUGCUUUCUGGAACAUCCUCUGGUGGAAUUCAUCAUGCUGGUGUCCUCGAAAGUUGGUUUGGAGAACAAUGGUGGAAUGGACGAUUUUUUGUUCUCCUUGUUACCACCCUUGCCAUAUUUGCACCAUUGGCCAGCUUAAAGCGAAUUGAUUCAUUAAGAUACACAUCUGCCUUGUCAGUUGCUCUGGCUGUUGUAUUCCUUGUUGUUACUGUGGGGAUUACACUCUUCAAGUUGAUCAACGGAACUGUUGUGAUGCCUAGAUUGUUACCAGUUGUCACUGACCUACCGUCGCUCCUCAACCUCUUUACUGUGGUUCCUGUUCUCGUCACUGCGUACAUCUGCCACUACAAUGUUCACUCAAUAGACAAUGAGCUUGAGGAUGACACACAGAUGAAGGCUGUCGUGAGAACUUCCAUGGUCCUUUGCUCGAGUGUGUAUAUAAUGACGAGCCUCUUUGGGUUCCUCUUAUUUGGUGAUGCAACUCUUGAUGAUGUACUUGCCAACUUCUCUACGGACCUUGGAAUUCCAUUUGGAUCCUUGCUUAAUGACGUGGUUCGCGUUAGCUAUGCAGCUCAUUUGAUGCUUGUGUUCCCUGUUGUAUUUUAUCCACUGCGAUUAAACUUAGAUGGCCUUCUAUUUCCAUCCGCAAGGCCUUUGGCGUUAGACAACUUGAGGUUUGCAUCAAUCAGCAUUGGGCUUCUCGGCAUCGUCUUUCUCGGUGCAAAUUUCAUACCCAGCAUUUGGGAUGCUUUCCAGUUCACUGGAGCAACGGCAGCUGUUCUCAUCGGUUUCAUCUUUCCUGCCGCCAUUACUCUCCGGGACCGAUACGGCAUAGCCACAAAGCUUGACAGGAUCGUAUCUAUUUUCAUGAUCGUCCUUGCUGUCUUCUCAAAUGUGAUAGCAAUAUACAGCGAUGCCUAUGCAUUGUUCAAAAACGGUCCAUCUCGUAGUGCAUAAUCCCCUUAGUUGUUCGUUGCCAGCUUGAGACUUGGGUUGUCAGCCUUGUGAACCGUGAAGGUACCCAAGCGAUAUUGUAUCUAUUCGUCCGUGGGCUGGUUUCAAUUGCUCUGUCAAGCCACUCAACUUAGAUGUUGAGUAGACUUCCUAGAAAUGUACAAAGCUGUUUCUGCAACCUGAUUCCCAUCGUGUUGUUGUAUGUUGUUGCGUUGCAUUACGCUAAGUGUUCUAUUUGUUGCUGCAAAAGGACUAAUAAUGUAAAAAUUCAUAAAUGUGUAUGGAUAUGAAUUGUAUUCUAGUUCCCUUUCUAUUGGUUUUACCAAAGGGAUGCUAUAGAUUUACUCUGUGUAAUUGUGGAUGAUUUGAUCCAUAUUGAGCUGGUAUUUCUGAUGAAUGUGUCAUUACCUAAGUAUUACUUUC